AUGUUUUAACCAAAAACAAUGAAAUUCACACCUCAUAAUUCAAUUGCAGGAAAUGAAAAUAUAAACUCAUUAAAUAAAUCUAAAGCUAAUAAGAAUAUGUGUUGUAUGAAUCAUCCUUAAAAAAAUGCUAAAUAUUGUAUGGCAAAGGAUCUUUCGGUGUCAUUGUGUUCUAAAUGUGCUAUAAAUAUGGCAGGCAAAGGAUUUGUUGUUGAAGAAAUAAAUGGAUUUGAGGAAAGAUAACGAAGAGAAGUAAUUGAUAAGUUUCUAAAUUUGGUUAAUAGAAACCUUACUUAAUAUGAUAAAGCACUAUCUGGUUUAUUAACGAAAAAAUAAGACAUUACAAAAUAUUUUGAAUAAUAGGUAGACAAAGUUAUUCGAUUUCAUUAAUUGGUCACCUCAUAACUUUCAGAAGAGAAAGACAAAUUAAUACAAUUAUUAACUCAAAAUUUUAAACAAACUUCUUUUACAUAUGAAGAAACUAUAAAAUCUCUUUAAAAUUCAAAGUAAGAAAGCAUUGGUAUGAAAAAUGAUGUUCAAUAGAAUUUAGAUCGAAUUAUCAAAUAAAUUGCUUAAGAACCUUUCAAUGAAAUAAUGAAUUGUUAUCAUAAAACAGUAGAGAAGUAUAUAACUGAUAUUGAGGAUCUAUAGAGAAAACCAAUAGAAGUUAUUAAAAUAACUUUAAAUGAACCUUAUAAAAUAAAUGAAUUUGUUACUGUAGGUUUAUAAAAAACUUCUUUAAUAAAGAAGAAUUUAUCAGAUGUUGGAUUAAGAACAAUAACAAAUGAAGAUGUUUAUGAAAGCAUUGUCAAAAGAGACUCAGUUAAUAAUUAAAAAACCUCAAAAACAUUAUCAUCAUUGCCUCGAACUCCAAAAACUGAAAGUUCUCCAUUUAAAUCAGUUCCUAUUACAAACAUUGAUCUUUAUCAUACUCCAGAAUAACAAUAAUUAAAAAAUUAAAAAACUUAAACUAGUCUCUAAUAAGCGAAAAUGUAAUUAGCAUAAGUUUAAGAGAAUAUUGAAUAAAAUUAUGAAGAAGGUCAUUCGUAAAUGAUAGAAAGAGACGAUGUUGAAAAUUCAUAUUAAAUGAUGAUUGCAGAGUCAGUUUCCGAUAGCGAAGACUUUAUAGAUCAAUUAAACUUAAUAUAAUCACUUACUGUGGGUUAAAAUGGUCAUCUAAAUUCACUUAAAAUGUAUAGCUCCCCUCAAUUCAAGAACCGAUGA